UAAGCACCCCCUUCUACGCUCGGAUCAUAGAUGGUACCGUCCGGAAGUCCGGGCGGAGACUGAGGCUGCGCUUCUCGCGAAAGGGCAGGCGGCGCGGGGCUGGCCACUUCCGCACUUCCGCUUUCCGGCCCAGCCAGCGCCCGCGAUGACUGCCACUCUCCGCCCCUACCUGAGUGCCGUGCGGGCCACACUGCAGGCUGCCCUCUGCCUGGAGAAUUUCUCCUCCCAGGUUGUGGAACGACACAACAAGCCGGAAGUAGAAGUCAGGAGUAGCAAAGAGCUCCUGUUACAACCUGUGACGAUCAGCAGGAAUGAGAAGGAAAAGGUUCUGAUUGAGGGUUCCAUCAACUCUGUCCGGGUCAGCAUUGCUGUGAAACAGGCUGAUGAGAUCGAGAAGAUUUUAUGCCACAAGUUCAUGCGCUUCAUGAUGAUGCGAGCAGAGAACUUUUUUAUCCUUCGAAGGAAACCAGUGGAGGGAUAUGACAUCAGUUUUCUGAUCACCAACUUCCACACAGAGCAGAUGUACAAACACAAAUUGGUGGACUUCGUGAUCCACUUCAUGGAGGAGAUUGACAAGGAGAUCAGUGAGAUGAAGCUGUCGGUCAACGCUCGUGCGCGCAUCGUAGCCGAGGAGUUCCUCAAGAAUUUUUAAACCGUCUGGCUGGAUCUCAAGGUCUUCCCCCUCAGACUCCCCCGCGUCUCUGCGAAGGCAUCCUGGAGUUACUCCCCAGAGCGGCGGCGGCGACAGCGGCGGCGGCGGCGGCAGGGUGGGGGUGCUGGGUCGGGGUGGGCAUUCGAUGCGGGAGGUGGGUGGUAUGCUUGCUAGCUGGGCAACAAAGCAGCGGUGGACCUGCCCCAAGGCCACACGUGCCUGGUCAGGCUGGCUUCUGAUGUUCGGUCCCCUGGGCUGGGACAGAUUUUUUUUAACGUCUUGAAACUUAAAUUCUGUGCUUGUAGGAGACUGUAACCUUUUUGUCUUUUUUUUUUUUUUAACAAAACAACCUCCACCUCCAGUGGCUGUGACUGGUCCCAGUGAUUGUACCAUAUUGGUCGCUGUGGGUCUGGGCGGGCCUGGAGCCAGAAGGCGACUAUUGUGUGUCUCCCCCCCUCCCUCCCCCCCCUCCCCAGAAGCCCCAGGUGGGGAGAGAGGGAGGGAAGGAGGAAGGUUUCAGACUCCAUUUCCUUUCCCUUGCCCUCUUACUCCUGAGCCUCCUUAGGCCCAGUAGAAGUUGUUGGGACUCUGCUGGCUUCCUGAGCUCUGCGUGAAGAUAGCCACCCAGUGCUGGCUGGGGUGGGGACAAGGGCUGAUCUGGUGGCCACCAGCCAUGCCUCAGAGCUGGGCGCUGAAAGCCAGGCACCUCUGGCCACAGGGGCCACUUUGUGCCCUCCGAGCUGAGAGGGGCCGCUGUUUUGCCUUGUCUGUCAGUGCAGUGCCUGUGCUGGAGGUGGAGGGGUGAGUCCUCCAGAGCUUCCUGAGCUGGGGCUCUUGCGCCUGCUCUGGCUCCUCUGCUCCCACGCUCGCUGUACCUUUUCUUAUUCUGGUGGAUCCCGCCUCCUCCCCUAAUUAAAGUCUCUUCUUGCCCCUUUGGGGCUGCAUGA